AUGGCUUCAACACCUCUUGUCUUCUCCACCUCCUUCUCUUCCAAACUCCACCUAACUUCCCAUACUAACAAAUCACACCUUCAUCAUCGACCCCUUAAUUCCUUUCCAUCUUCUUCUUCUUCAUACUCCAAAUCAAAACUGAAUUUUUCCCUUUCAAAGCCACUCAUUUUCUCUCAGAAACUAGUUGCACGAGCUUCUUCUGAAGAACAUGCCACUGAAGUCAGAGAUUCUGGAUUGGUGGGCGAGGACGCUGCAACUUUUGACCUUGAAAAACAGAAACUUUCUUCUUGGGUUUACUUCACUGCAAUACUGGGAGUGGUCUUGUUUGUUCUUAACUUGAUCUGGAUUGAUGAUUCAACUGGGUUUGGUAAGGUUUUUGUUGAUACCAUUUCAGGAAUUUCUGAUAGCCAUGAGGUGGUAAUGUUAGUCCUGAUUCUCAUAUUUGCGGGAGUCCAUAGUGGCCUGGCCAGCUUCCGUGACUCCGGUGAGAAACUCAUUGGAGAACGAGCUUACCGUGUUCUUUUUGCAGGAACAUCACUUCCUUUGGCUCUCACCAUGAUUGUGUAUUUUAUUAAUCACAGAUACGAUGGACUUCAGCUCUGGCAGGUCCAAGACGUUCCCGGAGUUCAUCAACUUGUGUGGCUUUCUAACUUCAUCUCUUUCUUUUUCCUAUAUCCAUCAACCUUCAAUCUUUUGGAGGUUGCAGCAGUUGACAAGCCUAAGUUACAUCUCUAUGAAACUGGAAUCAUGAGAAUAACCAGGCAUCCACAGAUGGUUGGGCAGGUUAUGUGGUGUCUUGGUCAUACAAUCUGGAUUGGAAAUUCUGUUGCGGUUGCGGCUUCAUUCGCCUUAAUUGCACACCAUUUAUUUGGUGUUUGGAAUGGAGAUAGGAAACUGAGUGAAAGGUAUGGGGAAGAAUUUGAGAUAGUUAAGGGUAGAACAAGUGUUGUACCGUUUGCAGCAAUACUUGAUGGAAGACAAAAGUUACCAAAAGAUUUCUACAAAGAGUUCAUUCGAUUACCAUAUUUUACAAUCACUGCCAUAACACUAGGAGCUUAUUUUGCACAUCCACUUAUGCGGGCAGCGAGUUUCAACCUUCACUGGUAG